AUGAAUUCAACUAUAAGUUUGAGACAAGAAUAUAUCUCGAAAGAAUAUGAAUUCGAUAUUGACACUCCAAAGAAUACUCUGCAUCCAAAUGCAAUAUAUACUAGUAGACCAUUAAAUGCAUUUAUUUCGACUGAAAAUUCUUCAAGAAAACGUAAAAUUAAGGAAUUGAAAACCAAAGCUCGAGUCAAUGGUUAG